UUACCAUACUGCCUUUCUUCCUCCACUCUCUCAUCAGUCAUCAGUCUGCACACACAUACACACAUACACAUUUUCUCUCUCUAUAUUUGCAUAAUUGUGUUUUCAAUUCAAAUGUUGUCAUCUUCAACAUCUUACCGACUCUACAUUACUUUCCUCCUCUUCUUCUUCCUCCUCCUCAACCCUUGUUCAGAAUAAGAAAAACCCGAAAACCUGGAAAUCAAUGGAGGAAGUUUGGAAUGACAUAACGAUGAAUUCGCUCCCAAACACUCCCAUCUCCCACAUUCACACAAUUCGCCACCCGCCUACCUCAAGCGGCGCGCCUCACUUCAGGGGUUUCAUCUUCCAAGAUUUUCUCAACGCUGGACCUCUUCAAAACACUUCCUCCAUUGACUCUUCUCCUCCGCCGCCGCAGCCUCCACCUUGGCAAACUAGACCCGCCGCUACUGAAUUUCAAUUCUUAGAUAAUAAUGAAUUAUUCAACUCUCAGUCUCACCAUUUUCGACUACAUGGGAAUUCCUCUGUUCCAACUAGCUUAGCGCCUGCUGUUGGUCAGAAUGUUAUGAAUUCGAAGAGGUGUUCUGAUCGGGAUGAAGAUGAACAUGUUGAUCGAAGACAUAAACGUAUGGUUAAGAACAGAGAAUCUGCUUCUCGUUCUAGGGCUCGAAAGCAGGCAUAUGUGACAGAGUUAGAGGUAGAAGUUGACCGUUUACGAGUUGAGAACGAGGCUUUAAGGAAGCAACAACAACAGUUAAUUGAAGACCCGCCUGCUCAGCUUCCCACAAAGCACGGUCUUCAUCGAACAUCUUCGGCCCCAUUUUGAGAAAAUAGAAGACAACAGAACACCCCUAACUUAUUGGGUUUUUUAUUUUUUUUGCUAUUUUGGUACUCCGUAUUUUGUAAGGUAGCUUUCUAGUACUAUUAACAGUAACUUAACAUAUUGUUGGACACGUGUGCUUUACUAAUUAGUCCUUAUUUCUUUUUAGAUUAUUUAAGUAUAACCCAUAUAAAUGUAAUUACUUUAAUUAGUAACUCCUCCCCAUCUCUUA